UGCGAAGAGCGGCACCCGCAACAGGCAUGCCACCUGCGAGGGCUCCCCCAAGUAGCAGAAGAGGCUGCUGCAGGUGCAGGCCAGGGAGCCCAGCAUGAGGAAACACGCCUUCCCACCCGCAGACUUGACCACGGGUGUGGAGGCGUUCAGGGCGAACAGGAUGGUCAGCGCCGCUAUCAGCAGCAUGAGGAGAACAGCCAAGGACAGCAGCACCCAGGAGAGGGGCUCGGACCAGGACAGGAACUCGAUGGUGCGGUUGAAGCAGAUCUCGCUCUUUUCUGGGGCCCACUCGCCCAAGCCACAGGCCUGGCAGUCAAAGGGGUCUGUGAAGGACGUGGGACACCUCACACACCUCGGACAUGAGGCGCGGGUGAAGGUGAUGGCACGGUUCUCGCCCGACUGCGCCGUGGUGCUGCUGCAGCACCUGGACUCGCCGGUGACGCGAUUCCUGCUGAGCCACCCACCGCUGUCGCGGCUUUUCGAGUCCCAGAAAAAGGAGGAGUCUAGCUUCACACCAGAGGACGCGGUCCUGGCGUCCGUGGGCAUCGUGAAGUGCAGCCCUGACCGCGGGCUGCUGGUGUCGGAGAGCAUGUGCCUGGCGCUGGAGGAGCUGAUCCAGACCUGCUGUGCGGAAGAUGAAGGUGUCCCUGUGGUGCUGGUGUGUGGACCAAAAAGCACUGGAAAAUCAACAUUCAACAGAUACCUAAUUAACCUGUUACUGAAUCGCCUUCCCGUGGUUGAGUACAUGGAGUGUGACAUUGGCCAGACGGAAUUCACACCGCCCGGGUGUGUGUCCCUGAGCAGCGUCACGGAGCCCAUUCUGGGUCCCCCCUUCACUCACCAGCAGAUGCCCCGUAAGAUGGUGUAUUAUGGCCAGACCAGCUGUGAGCAGGACACAGAGAGGUACCUUGAUGUUGUGAAAUACGUGUUCAGCUGCUACAAGAAGGAAGUGCCUCUAAUCAUCAACACCAUGGGCUGGGUGAAAGGUGAAGGGCUGCUGCUCCUCAUUGAUAUCAUCCGGCUGUUGACCCCCAGCCACAUUGUUCAGAUGGACAUGUGUGACUGGAAGGCCAUGCCCCCACUGACAUCUGAGCAUAUCCACUUCAGCGCCGGGCUGCACACCAAGGGCAAGCAGCAGUCCAAGUGCAAGCAGCUGGGAGCAGAUGAUGUGGAGAGCUGGAAGUACCCCGAAGGGGAGGACAUGUCAACUCCACAGCACAAGCUGCUCUAUGUCCACCCGGAAUUCCCUCGGGCAGGGGUGGCAGGUGAAGCGCGAGUGCACAGCGGCAUCCUGCGUGACAUGUCCAUUCUGGGCUACCUGGGGCACCUGCAGAGCCCAGACAUUGGGGCUGUGCUCCCCCUGCACAGCCUGGUGCCAUAUCAGGUACCUUUCAAUGCUGUGGCACUCAGGGUUAUUCACACAGAUGUUGCUCCCAGCAACAUCAUGUAUGCAGUGAACGCCAGCUGGGUUGGGCUGUGCUGCAUUCCGGAGGAAGUCCGGUGCCAGAGCGAUGGGCCAGUCCUGCUGACACAGACUCCGAUCUGCGACUGCCUGGGCUUCGGAAUUGUCCGAGGGGUUGAUAUGGAGAAGAAGCUUUACCACAUCCUGACACCAGUGCCUCCAGAGAAUCUGAGACUAGUGAAUUGUCUGCUCCUUGGGAACAUUGCCAUUCCUAACUGUGUGCUUGUGGGCCAGCAAGGAAUUGAGGGAGAGAUCCCCUACGUCACAUCCGAUUACAACUACAGUAUCGUGGGCUCAGGGAAACUGAGGAAGAAGAAGCAGCAUUUGAAGAAGAGGGAGUUCCCCUUUUGAGUGUGAUUAUACUUGAAGCCUCUGGGUGCUCAGCCAGGGUUUGUUCAUGUAAGACCUCAGGUGGUUGCAUGAGCUCUGGGUGCUGCAGAGGCCCUGCAGAGGUAGAUGCUACAGUGGGCCGGUUUUGAUAAUGUUUUCUAUGUUCAGUUUGUAUUUUUUGGUGUUUUGUAAUAAAUAUCUAUGGUAAACAUUAA